AAUAAAAACGUACUUUUUGCAUAGUAUUUCUCGUAAUUUUAUAACUUUUUUUGGAUAUAUAAACAAGUUAUUCUUAUAAUAAUAGAAUUCGUAAUAAUUGUAUUAUUCUGAUAAAUUGUAUUAUUAAAAUCAAAGCCAAUUACUUUUAGAGUUUUACAGGUUGUCUCAUGAAAAACUUUAUGAUAUAACCAGUUAUAAUGGCAAACUGCUUUACCUUUGCGAAGAGAAAAUCUAUUGUUGUAGAAGACAGUACUUGGACAAAUCAAGUUGUAACACAAAGUCCCUUGAGUUUUUCAAAUACUGAAGACAGCCUAAACGAGUCCUAUGCAACUGCAGCAGAUGAAAAUGAAACUCAAUACUUAUCUGUCCUAGAAUCGACAACUGGUGAUCACACAUUAGAAGAUAUUCAUGACAUUACACUAGGCAGUCAAAAAUUACUUAUUCAAGACACUAUUGGACUUAAUGUUGAAACAAUAUCUCAAGAUAAUUUUAACGUAGCUGAAUCUGAAGAACAACAAGUUGUAAUAUUUAAUGUGGAAGGAUCUAAUGAACUUUAUGGUAUUCAAGUAGCUCAAGAUAAUGAUGGGAAUGUUCAUAGAUAUCAAUUUCAAUUAAGGAAAACUGGAGAUGGACAGCUAGAACCUAUGCCGGAAACUGUUCAAUUAUUAGCUAAUGAAGAAGAUCAACAAGUGACAGAAGAACAGCAGGAUGCUUCUGAACUAAAUGCUGAUCAGAUAAAUGAAGAAGAGUUUGAAGAGCCUGUUUAUUUACAGGCAAAAUUAGAACAAACUGAUGGAAGUACACAAUCUCAUUUAUUUAUUUCUAAACAAACUAAAAAAACAAAUGUGAAGAAAGAAGUCACAAAUUUGUACAGGGAAGACUUGGAAGAAAACUAUGAAGAAGCUGAUAUAAAUCUCAAAUCAGAGAUAAAUUUGGCAACAUUAAAAGAAGAAUUUAUCCAGCAACAAAAUGAGGAAUGCCAGGAUACAGAAGAGGCCCUCUCUGUAAAUUUUGAUGAGGAUUUUACAUCCGAAGCUACUUCGUAUGAUGCAGCAGAAAUCAAUCAUAGUGACCAAGAGGCAGUUAUAGAUUUCGACAAUCAAAUUAUAGAAGAACAAUAUGAAGAUGGUGCAAAACCUCAAAACAAUCGACUUCAUUUUGAACAAUUGUUCAUUCAUGAUCAACCAGAUGAGAUACGUCAAUAUCAUGAAGAGUUUCAACCGGAAAAUGAAGAAAGUUCUAAUAUACUUAUAAUCGAGAAAGAUGCAGAAAACAAUGAAUCUGAACAUGAAGAUUAUGAAUUUGUCAGUCAGCUUCCAGUUUCAGCUGAAGAUAUUAAUGAAGAAGAAAGUGUUGACGAGGAAGCAGGGGUAUGGUACUCCGAGCCUGAAAUCCCUGUAGAAUCUGUUAAGCUUACUGAAAAUUCAUUGCUAAAGACAACAAAUAUCCUUAAACAGCCCACAAAUACCGUCAAAAGAGUUGAUCCCAAGAAGAAAGCAAUUUUGUACUAUAUGGUCCCUAAGACUGAUCAAAAAGAAAACGUUAACUCAAUUCCUUACACAAACACAAACAGUAAUCCUCGCAGUCUCUUGAAAAAUAGCUUGGAUCUAACUAAAAUCAAUGAGGAUAAUAUCAAAAAACUACAGAGAGAAAAACUAAUGGAACGGAGAUAUGCCAGGAGCAAAGAGGCCAUGCAAGCGAAGAUGUUUAAUAAUUUCAUAAACAAAACGACCAUUCCUCACGCCCCAGUGAGACAAGGUAGAUUACCUAGAAAGCAGCAGAUUAAACCGGUGGAUACUAGAAGAAACGAAGAAAUCAUUGUACAAGAGGUGAUGGUUUCGUCAAAAGGAUUUGUCGAAAGUGUGAGCGAUAGACUAAAAAAUUUAGAGGUGACCAGCAUAGUGGAGUUAAGCGACUCCGACGACGACAAGGAUCUUACAAAUGGAACCAAAAAGAAAAAGAAACACAAGAAGACAAAUUCAAGCAGUACAGCGAUAACCUCCGAUUCGGAAGGCAGUGUGAUAGAAAUUAUACAUACUGAUGAUGAAACUGACGAUACUAGUUUUAUUGUGAAUACUGUAAAGAAAGGACCAGGGAGGCCGAAGAAGAAUACCGAGGACAUUUCAAAACGUUCCCACGAACUUGAAACUAAUAAAGAAAAUGGUAGUGGUAGUAGUACCGAGAGUACCCCUAGUAAAAAAAGCCGGACUGACGACUCCAGUGAAGUCGAAAGUGAUACAAACAAACAAGAUACUCCGGAAAUAAGUUGCCCGCUGUGCUCCAAAUCUUUCCCAAACCAAAAUAGCCUUAGUACUCACUUACAGCAUCACAAUUUAGAAAAUACAUUGCGGAGUAAUACAAAACGUAAUUUAGAAUAUCGACACAACUGCGAUAAGUGUCAACAAAGCUUCAAAAACUCGAUACUGUUGAAGAAGCACGUUUGCAAUAUUAGCAAGGAACUCAAAAACACGCACAAGUGUGGAGUAUGUUCUAAAACUUUCAAGGACAUAACUCUUUUCAACAUCCACAAAAAAUCUCAUAUCAAAGAAAACUUAAUAAAAACUACUACAUCUGUUACCAUAUCACCAAAGAAGUUCACAUCUAGGCCAUCAACAGCUUUAAAAGCUCCGGUUAGCUUUAAUUGCAAAGUUUGCUCAAAAGUUUGUUCUUCCCAAAUUAUACUUACAAUCCACGAAAAAUCGCACAAAAAGUUCGUGUGUGCGAAUUGUAAUACGAGCUUUACCUCGAAAAUCUUGUUGGACUCCCAUGUUCGCGUAAAGUGCGUCAAGAACUCUUCACCGAAGGAUAGAAGAUUGUCGUUUAAAAUCAGGAAGUCUUUUAUUAGUUCUCCACGGUUGAGUUCGAUCAGAGGAAAGAGUUUGAAUACAUUCAAGCCUCCUGGUGCUACUAGCACUAAAAAUAUCAAUAUUCCUGCUAGUAGUGCUAGAAAGAGCAUAAUUCCUAGCAGUAGUGCAACUAGAAGCGUUAAUCCGAGCAACGUCGUUAGAAAAAGCACGAUUCCUAGCAGUAGUGCAAGAAAAAGCAUUGUUCCUAUCAGUAGUGCUAGGAAAAGCAUUGUUCCUAGCAGUAGUGCGAGGAAAAGCAUGUUUCCUAGUAGUAGUGCAAGAAAAAGUGUUAUUCCGACUGAUAGUGCCCGAAAAAGUUUUGCUCCAAGAUCUACAAGUGCGAGUUCGAGUGUAGGGAUACCAGGCCAUACCAGCAUCAGAACGAAACAAAUUUUAAAUCCACUAUUUAAAGAUAGCGGCAAUACAACAAAAAACGCUAAUUCGGACUUGAAUACUAGCAAUUUUGUAAAGAAUUUGGAAGUUGAAAUUCAGUGCGAUACUUGUACCAUGAAAUUUACAAAUUGGACAUCGUUGUUUAAGCACAAAGUUAAGAACCAUGGGCUCUACACUCCUGACCAAAAAGUCUUGAAACCAAAACGGAAGACGAUAUACAAACCGCUUACUUUGCACGGAGGAAUUCCCGCUAACGAGAAACUAAACAAAGCUUUCCAGGCAUUUAGGCGAAAUUUGGCGAUGAUCAAUACAACCGAAGAAUUAAAACUAGGAGAUAAAUCUGAACAAAAAGAAGAUAAUGUACUGCCGCAAAUAGUCGUAUCUGAGCCUAGUCACACUAAACAAUAAUUUUAAACUAUUGAAUCUAUUCAUUUCAAUUUUUUAUAUUUAUUUUUAUUGUUGGAUGGAAAUAGUUAGUUUAUACAGGGUGUAACAAAAAGGUGGGUUAUAAAUUAAAUCACAUUCUGGGACCAAAAAUAGUUUGAAUGAACUUAACUUACCUUAGUACAAAUGUGCACAUAAAAGUAGUUGCAGCCCUUUGAAGUUACAAAUCGAAAAUCGAAUUUUUUCAAUAUAUCGAAAACUGUCAAAUAUUUUAUAUAAAAAUAGACAUGUGGCUUUCUUAUCGCAGGAACAUCUUAAAAAAAAUAACAGUGAAAUUUGUACACCCCAUAAAAAUUUUAAGGGGGAUUCAUUCCCUUAUAUCCCCCCAAAUGUUUGUGUAUGUUCUAAUUAAAUUGUUAUUAUGGUACCAUUAGUUAAACAGACAGUUUUUAAAACUUUUUUGCCUCUUAGUACUUUUUCGAUAAGUCAGUUUUUAUCGAGAUAUUUUGAACAUUUGUAAAUUUCACCACAUAUUUGUAAAUGGUUAAGUAAGAUUAUAGAGACCUGGUAUUAAUAUUAUAAAAAUAAUAUUCUAUAAUAUUAGUUAACCAUUUACAAAAUUUUAUUAUUUAACAAAUGUUCAAAAUAUCUCAAUAAAAACUGGCUUAUCAAAAGUGUACUAAGAGGAAAAAAAGUGUUGAAAACAUUGUGUUUAACUAAUGGUACCGCAAUAAAAUUUAAGUGAAACGUACACAAACAUUUGGGGGGAUUUAAGGGAACAAAACCCCCUAAAACUUUUAUGGGGUACACAAAUUUAACUGUUAUUUUCUUUAAGAUGUUCCUGCCAUAAGAAAGCUACAUGUCCAUUUUCAAUAUAAAAAAUAUAUUUAAAAAAAUCGAUUUUCAUUUUGUAACUUUAAAUACUGUAACUUUUUUAUGUGCAUAUUUGUAUUAAGGCAAGUCAGGUUCAAUCGAACUAUUUUUGGCCCCAGAAUAUGUGAUUUAAUUUACGACCUACCUUUUUGUUGCACCCUGUAUAUUUUGUAGUAAAAAUGGUGUGUACGCGAUUGCACAACUGGUAAAUUUAUUUCAACUGUUAGUGCGAAUAAGUAGCUCUUUCAAUCUAAGAAAUAGGAUGAAUUACAAUAAUAAUAUAAGCAGGGAACAAAAUUUUAUAUAUACAUAUAUAUGGAGCGUACUAUCAUAUGAAAAUUUACUUUUAUAUCCUGUUCAAUUUGUUGUAAUUAGCCUGUUGGUUUCUCGAUUGAAUUUUUUAAUUUAUAUUGGUCUUCUAUUGAAUAAAACUAUAAUUUCA